GGCGGUGAUUGAACCGGAAGAGGCUUUCUGCGUUUGAGGAGUGGAGUGUCUGGUACUGAACAACCAGAAGUCUAACAUGAAACUGUAUUGCCUGUCAGGGCACCCGACCUUACCGUGCAAUGUGCUCAAAUUCAAAUCAACUACCAUUAUGUUGGACUGUGGACUGGACAUGACUUCCACUCUCAAUUUCCUUCCUUUGCCACUUGUUCAAAGUCCCAGGCUGUCUAAUCUUCCUGGCUGGUCCCUAAAGGAUGGAAAUGCUUUCUUGGACAAGGAGCUAAAAGAGUGCUCAGGUCACGUAUUUGUGGAUUCUGUGCCUGAAUUCUGCCUGCCAGAGACCGAGCUAAUAGAUCUGUCUACGGUAGAUGUAAUCCUCAUCUCUAACUACCACUGCAUGAUGGCGCUGCCCUACAUCACUGAGCAUACCGGUUUCUCAGGCACAGUGUACGCCACGGAGCCCACCAUUCAGAUCGGCAGGCUUCUCAUGGAAGAGCUGGUGAAUUUCAUUGAAAGAGUGCCCAAGGCUCAGUCUGCCUCCUUGUGGAAGAACAAGGAUAUUCAGCGGCUGUUGCCUUCUCCACUCAAGGACGCAGUGGAAGUAUCAACCUGGAGAAGAUGCUAUACGAUGCAAGAGGUGAACUCUGCCCUUAGCAAAAUCCAGCUGGUGGGAUAUUCUCAGAAAAUUGAGCUUUUUGGUGCAGUCCAGGUGACUCCGCUAAGCUCAGGCUAUGCCCUUGGAAGCUCCAACUGGAUUAUCCAAUCCCAUUAUGAGAAAGUAUCAUAUGUUUCCGGAUCCUCCUUACUUACCACACAUCCCCAGCCCAUGGACCAAGCUUCUCUCAAAAACAGUGACGUUCUCAUUCUGACAGGCCUGACCCAGAUCCCCACCGCGAACCCAGACGGCAUGGUGGGAGAGUUCUGCAGCAACCUGGCACUGACAGUCCGGAAUGGAGGAAACGUGUUGGUGCCCUGUUACCCUUCCGGCGUGAUCUAUGACCUCUUGGAAUGUCUGUAUCAGUACAUUGACUCAGCCGGCCUCUCCAACAUCCCUUUCUACUUCAUCUCCCCUGUGGCCAACAGUUCACUUGAGUUUUCCCAGAUUUUUGCUGAGUGGCUUUGUCACAACAAACAGACUAAGGUGUAUCUCCCAGAACCACCUUUUCCUCAUGCAGAGCUCAUUCAGACCAACAAGCUAAAGCACUACCCCAGCCUCCACGGAGACUUCAGCAGUGAUUUCCGCCAGCCGUGCGUGGUGUUCACCGGGCACCCCUCCCUCCGGUUUGGGGACGUGGUCCACUUCAUGGAGCUCUGGGGGAAGUCGAGUCUCAACACUGUCAUAUUUACAGAACCCGAUUUCUCCUACCUGGAAGCACUGGCUCCCUACCAGCCCUUGGCCAUGAAAUGCAUUUACUGCCCCAUUGAUACACGGCUGAAUUUCAUCCAAGUGUCCAAGCUGCUUAAGGAAGUGCAGCCGCUCCACGUGGUCUGCCCCGAGCAGUACACACAGCCACCCCCCGCGCAGUCCCACCGGAUGGACCUGAUGAUCGACUGCCAGCCGCCUGCCAUGUCGUACCGGCGGGCCGAGGUCCUCGCCUUGCCUUUCAAGCGUCGCUAUGAGAAGAUCGAAAUCAUGCCAGAGCUUGCAGACGCGCUGGUGCCCAUGGAGAUUAAGCCUGGCAUUUCCUUGGCAACCGUCUCGGCUGUGCUGCACACGAAAGACAACAAGCACAUCCUUCAGCCCCCGCCCAGGCCGGCCCAGCCCACAGGCGGCAAGAAGAGAAAGCGGGCAACCGAGGACAUCCCGGACUGCAAAGUGCUGAAGCCCCUGCUCAGCGGCUCGAUCCCCGUAGAGCAGUUCGUGCAGACGCUGGAGAAGCAUGGCUUCAGUGAUAUUAAGGUGGAAGACACAGCGAAGGGCCAUAUUGUCCUGCUCCAGGAAGCAGAGACGCUCAUCCAGAUUGAGGAAGAUUCGACUCAUAUCAUUUGUGACAAUGAUGAGAUGCUCAGGGUACGACUGCGGGACCUCGUUCUCAAAUUCCUACAGAAGUUCUAAAUGGAACAUCUAAGCCAUUUCUACUUCACUGAAAUCCUGCCGUCCUUCGCUGGGGCUGCCCAGCCCAAACUGAGGAAGGGCAUAAAAAGUUGGUCAUGUCUUUGUAGUGUUCUCUGGCUUAAGGAAUAAAGAAGUGGCCCUUGAGGGAUGUGAUUAUCAGCAGUUACAGCCAGAAUCUCCUGGGCUAGAUUUCUAGCACUGUUGUGGGCAAGAGCUUUUGCUUUAAACUUAAACUCAUUUUCUUCCCAAUUCUGCCUCUCUCGGGGUGGCCAAGAUGGUAAGGCAGCAAGCUGAGGAGUAGCGUAAGAGUAACAGAAGCAGCUUUCCAAGAGGUUAAUGGUGGAAGGGGAGGUAAAAGAUGACCGACUUAGUCUGUGUUUGUUUUUCAUGGUUUCAUAGGCCUUGGGCAGGGGGAAUUAGUCUUUGCUUGUGCUUUAUUUACUUGUCUACAGUGCUACACCUAAUGAGAAAGAUGAUCCAAAAAAUUGGUAUAAUGAACCAUCUAUAUGUAUUUUAUACUGUGAGCCCAUUUUGUUAAUAAAACUUAUUUUUUAUA